AUGUUCAAAAAUGAGUACCAGGGAGGUGCAUUUGUUGAAAUCUUUAGUGCUCAGGGCAAAAAUCCUGGAGCAAAAUGGAAGAUCCUUGGCAGUCCAUCUGUGAUUUGGAAAGAGUUUGAUAAAGAAGUUAGAAGUUUUGUGUUUGUCCUCGAAGGCAGCAGUCAGACAAACAAAAUCCAGUUACCAAAGGAGAGCAAGCAGAUCUUGGGACUGAUCCAGCGGUUUCUUGUGCUUCAGAUUUACAUACCUCUGGGACAAGACUUCUCUACCGAAUUGCUAAUUACUGAUUUAGGAAACAUCAAAAGAAGAUUGUAUUUAUCGACGGUCUAUAAGGAGCUAUCCUCAACCCCUCUUCAUGCAAAAAUCCCACUGUUUAUGAUCAAGCGCAAAAUUUGGUGUAACCUGUGCAUUGACUUAGUAGCAUUUACCAGUGAAAUAUUUAAGGGAGCAGUUUUCCAGUCAUUGGAUGGAAUUAUUGUCUCAGCCAAUUGUAAGCUCCGGAAGAUCUUCACUUUAAAAUCCAGGCCUCAGGACACAGCUGAUAAAGAUGCUGUACACAGCGCCCCUUUUUCCACCAGUGAGCCCACAGGCAUUAUCCCACGAAGCUGCCAACUCACGACAGAUGUUCCACAAGUCACACAGCUGCUGAAUAUGACCAAGCUGCACCAGACAGAAAUAAGAUGUGGCGGUCACCCCCUGCGGUCCGCGGAAUCAGAUCAGUUCAUUAAUCGAGGAGCAGGCAGCGUGCGGAACAGUAGAAAUCAAGAUGUUUGUCACAUCGCCUUCGGAUCCAGAGUUCUCGGACCACCUCGACUCUCUGGCAGAAGGAAUAAUGUGAGGCUGUCUGGUGAGAUGGUAAGAUCCAUUGAGUCAAAAACCAGCAGACUUUGCCUGCGGUCCACUGGAGAAACGUAUGCUAGCAAUGUAGACAUGUCAGCCUUACUGCUUUCUGAGUCAGAAGCACAAGGAGACAAGGAGAACAUUCGCCAGAUAAAGCAGACUGUACCUACCCGUGCGAGUCUACGUGCUAUGCAUCCUCAUCCCCCUCAAGAACCAUCAGCAGAUAAGAAUAACAGAAGACGAUUACGGCUAAAAGGCGCCAGCCGGGAGAGGACAGAAACACCCAGCGGUUCCAAUAAAGGCACUAUCAAGAACAAGGAGAAAGCAACAGCUGUUGUCACUUCUUUGUUCCAACAAAGAGAGGAGACAUUGAACUCCAACACUCCAGGACCCCUAUCUCCUGAUCAAGCAGAUGAGUGGAUAUUUCCUGAAAAUUAUGAGCACAUUCCCCAUUUGGACUCUAGCAGACACUCUUCACUUCCGGAUGAUGACUCAGGCAGUGCUUCGUCCCUGUGGCCUGAAAUCAGCAGGGAAAGUGAGCAUCACCCUCAAGCAGAGGAAAGCCAGCUUGCUCCAGAGGGCAUUUUUACAUUUUCAUCCAGACCACGGUCAGCACCUCAUGGCAAGACUCCGAGUCUGUCCCCAGAGGAGUGCCCAUUUCUUUCAAAUAUAAAAGAGGAUGGCUGUGGGACACAGAGAGGUGGCCAGUUGGAGGAGGAGUUUUGCAGUGAAGACAGCAGCGAAGAGGAAUAUGACUGUAGGAACUAUCAGCCCAGCCAGAUGAGUGAAUCUGAGUUGCAGAUGCUGGCAAGCCUACGGCGGCAGCAGAAUGAAGAGCUGGAGGAGGCAGGGGCUCCGCACGGCCUGAGCGCAUCCCAGGUUGACAACUGUAAUGUCAGCAUAAGCACCAGCAGUGACGACACGACCACCUGGAACUCCUGCCUGCCACCCCCUGUCAACCAAGGUCGUCACUAUCAGAAAGAGAUGAAUCCACCCUCUCCUUCUAACCCCAGGGACUGGCUAAAUAUGCUGAGCCCACCGAUUGUCCCUCCCAGUCAACGGGCAGCUGAGCAGCAUGUGGAUUCCUCGGGAAGUCCGAGUGCCCAAGGUGAAGAAGAACUGAAUGUGGAAGAGGAUGAGGAAGUGCUCACUCUGUUGUAUGACCCGUGUCUGAACUGUUACUUUGAUCCCCAGACUGGGAAAUACUACGAGUUGGUAUGA